AUGUUGGUUGAUGUGGAAUUUUGUCAUGUGCCUCAGAAGUGUGAGAAAUGUGGUUUGUUUGGGCAUGACUGUGCAUAUCCAGGAGGGGAGGUGAAACGUGUAUGGGUUGUUAAGCAGCCAAAGGUUAAAGAGGUGAUUUCAGCUAGUGCAAAGGGUAAGGAGCAAAUGGUUGAGAUGGUUGUUGCUCAGGCUUAUUCCCAAGAGACAGCUAGUGAGGUGGCUGGUAUACAGGCUGAAGCUAGUGUGCAGGUAAUGGUUGUUGAGCAGGUAUCUGAGACUAUGGUAGUGCCUGUGGAGUCAGUGGUGGGGGAUAAUAGCUCUACUCCUGAGCCUGAUGAUGGGUUUCAUGUGGUCACUAGUCGAAAGCAUAGGGUUAGGGCUCCUGAUCCUGCUUCUGUUGCCAAGAGCCCGUGGAAUCUAUUUUCUGGUCAGAAGAAGAUGCGAUGCAACUGGAUGAUAAAGCUUUCCCUUCACUGA